UGGGGGGGGGACUCCGGGGGGGCGAGGGAUGGCUCUCAGGACUCCCCCUCUCCCUGUGAGGGCCAUCGACUGGGCUCCGCUCGCUCGGCUUUGUCUCCGUCCCCUGAUGAACGGCAGGCAGAGCAGCUACACACACACACACACACACACACACGUCCUGCCUGCCUCCAGGGGGGUUCUCCGGUGCUUCCCGACCCAGGGCCGAGCAUGCUGCUCCUCAGGAACUCCAUCCCAAUCCUGAUCCGGGUCUGGGUUAGGGUUAGGGUUAGGGUUAGGCCCAGGUUUCAGCAGAACCUGUCGUGCUGACCCGGCACCUGCCACCUCUCCUGGCCCAGGAGCCCAGAACCGACACCUCGCUCUGUUUGAACAGUUCCUGUGUGUUUGCUCAGCACCGCACGUCACGCGGGAGCUCUGGCUGAUGUUUGGGGGGGGGAGGGGAGGGGGGCUGGAGAUGCUGAUGUCACCCUGAGGUGACGCCUGGAACACACUUCCCUCAGCGUGUGGCUCUGCCGGCCCACAGGGGGCAGCGCUGCCGCCGCAGGUCUGUGCUCCCAGCAUGAGGCCGGGACCGAGCUCCCAAGCUUCCCAGCAAACGCUCUGGAUCCAGGAGCGCCUCCUGCAUCACGUGAUCCAGCAGCUGAUUGAUAGCUGCCGCCUCACCGUUGCAUAACACACACACACGCAGGUAUCAGAGGGUUUGACAGGGUCCUGUGGCGGUGCGGCGCAGAGCCCCGCCUCCAUCCUGUGAUUGAAUAAACAUAAUGGGGCUCCCUGGAGCAGCAGCCUUCUGGACUCCCAGGAGACGCAUCAUUUCCUGGGCCACUGCCUCCCGCCCUCCCUCCCCCCCCUCUGGAGCCCAGAUUAAGGCGAGCACACACACUGAGCGCUGGGGGGGGGGCACAGAUGUCCAGGCUGAUCCAAUGGUGUGUGUGUGUGGGGGGGUCUCCUCUCUCUACAGCUGAUUCCCAGCUCCUCCGGCCCGUCCUCGCCCCCCGGGACAGGACCGCGUGUCCGUGUCGGCAUCAGCACUCGACAUUGUGCCGCUGACUGACGCGGCAGGUCCGACUCGUGUUACUGUCCCUCACCGUGCUGCAGCUGCAGCGGCCUCUGAAGGUCACCUUCCUCCUCCUCUUCCUCUUCCUCACCAAGAACAUGAGGCCCUUUCCUCGGCCUGGGGCUGUGUGUGUGUGUCUGAGCGGCUGGAAGUGGUGUGUUCCGAGCCUCACCAGGGUCCACAUGAGAUCACAGUCCGCAGCUUUGUCUGCUGCUAUGGUCCAUUCAGGCUGCUUUCUAUAGCAAGUGGGCCACGACCCGCGAGCUGCUGCCUCCCAUUCAGAGCAGGAGGGCAGCGGCCGUUCAGCUGAGGUGCGAGUCGGGGCCUGGGGCCCGGGGCCCGGGGCCGGAGAGACCUGAUCUGGAAAGUCACUCGCGGUCCAGGACGAACCGGUUCUGGUUCUUGUGUUUGCUCAUGUCAGCGAGCUUCGUGUCAGGAACACACCUCAGUCACCUUCAGGUUCCUCAGCAAACAGCGACGCUGAGCAAACACCUUCCACUCCACGCUGCUUUGGUGAGGCGCCUGGCUGUUUGAGCUCGCGCUGUGUCUGGCUAGCAUUAGCAUACGGGACACCACCGCUGAAGCUGAGAUUGGACCUGGUUGGUGCAGCUCAGGCUCCAGUGUGUAGAGUAGAACUAGACAGGACUCCCCCAGUCUGGGCUCCGCAGGCCUGGAUCUUCAGCAGCUUCUGCUCACAGCUCAGCUCUCGCGGUCCCAGCCUGAAGCCGUCCUCUGUGGCGCAGGUUGGAAGGGCCCGGUUCCUCGGUUCCUCUUGUCUCAACCGUCCUGCUUCUCUGCUUGCCUCCACAGGUUUAACUGAAACUCCUGAGCGGAGCCAGACCAGGACCUCUGGAGGCGGGAGUCGAGCAGAGCGAGCGCUCCAGACCGACCGGCGCAUCUCAUGGCGAGCAAUAACACGGCCAGCAUCGCUCAGGCCAGGAAGCUGGUGGAGCAGCUGAAGAUGGAGGCCAACAUCGACAGGAUAAAGGUGUCCAAAGCGGCGGCCGACCUGAUGUCGUACUGCGAGGCCCACGCCAAAGAAGACCCGCUACUGUCGCCGGUGCCGGCGUCCGAGAACCCCUUCAGGGAGAAGAAGUUCUUCUGCGCCAUCCUGUGAGGCCGCUGGCUGGGACCUGAGCACGGACCUUCCACCCGUCCCAGGACGGGCAGGUGGCCUCGGGGUCAGAGCCAGGGGGGCCAGGUGAGGCGGGGGCCCCCUGCUGGACGGCUCCUCCGCGUGGGGCCUGUACAAAAGCAGAUAAAAUCACAAUCCAAAAUAUUUUGUGCUUCUUCGUUUGGACUUUCACCGUGAGUGGGCGGGGCCUGGCAGCACGCCCCCCGAUCAUGGGAUGUUCAUUUCUACCCGUCUCCCCGGUACCUUUCUAUCAGUGGGUGUGGCCAGGGCCUGCCAGUGUGUUGCAGUGUGUCUCCUCUCGCCGAGCCUCUUUCUACUCUUUGUAUCAAACGAUAGCAAGUAAAGUGUGCUGUGAGUCCUGCGCUGCUCUGGCUGUGGUUCUUGCUGCGCUCUGAGCCAGGGCCGGGGUCACGUGACCCGCGGCCAGGCCUGGAAGAAACCAUGAGGCGCUCGGCGCGGGGAGCGGAGUGCGGAACAUGGAGGCAAAGAUGGCGGAGCUGGAUGAGUCAGGCGGAGGGAAGGGUAGGAGCCAGCAUGGGAGAAGAACAGCGCUGCUCCGCCAGGGCGCCUGGGACCUGCUGAGGAAGUGGCCGUCCACUCUGCAGACCGCACGCUAGAGAGGGCUGAGAGCUGAGGAGCGUGGGAACCUACCGAACCCAGACUGCUGUGGAGGAGGAGCGACGGCCGCCAGUCCUCUGGGAGGCGCAGGAGUCCCAGACACCGGCAGCUGGAGCUCACCAUCUUCCACAAACUCUCCUCACAGGAGAGCGACAAUGUCCUGAAUAAACACAGAGGUCAACAGGGGCCGAGAUGAGCGGGGCGGUUCUCUGCUCCGCCGGGAGCCCUCAGAUCAAGACGUCGACCAGCAGGUAGCCAGGUUGACGUGGGACUGAGACGCACUUCUACUACUUCAGCGCCACCUCGUGGCGCGUGUGGCAGCAGCUUUUCUCCUCCACUGAUCUGGCAUUUCAAACCGAGCAUCAUCUAACAAAUAAGAACUGAAAUAAAUGGAACAAGCUCCACGCCAAAACAGUGUCACCAUGUUGGAGUCCAACCACAGGUCCUGCUCUGCCAGUCCAACAUAUAUACAGUGGAGAAAAUCACAAUGGAGCAAAGGUCGCGCCCCUCUGUCUAUUAAAGUCAUGUUAGAUCGGUCAGACCAAACUCCCUGUCUCAUGUUCUGUGUCCCCUCAGUCUUUCACUUCAACCUAUGUGUCAUUCACAAAGCAAAACACCUGCGAGUCUCUGCUCACUUCAGGACAGCGGGACCCGAGUCUCUGGUCACUUCAGGACAGUGGGACAUGAGUCUCUGCUCACUUCAGGACAGCGGGACACGAGUCUCUGCUCACUUCAGGACAGCGGGACACGAGUCUCUGCUCACUUCAGGACAGCGGGACACGAGUCUCUGCUCACUUCAGGACAGUGGGACACGAGUCUCUGCUCACUUCAGGACAGUGGGACAGGAGUCUCUGCUCACUUCAGGACAGCGGGACACGAGUCUCUGCUCACUUCAGGACAGCGGGACACGAGUCUCUGGUCACUUCUGGACAGCGGGACCCGAGUCUCUGCUCACUUCAGGACAGCUGGAGCCGAGUCUCUGCUCACUUCAGGACAGUGGGACACCAGUUUUGAGCCAGGGUUAGGUGGGUGCGGGUACUUCCACUGGCCGCAAGGUGGCGAUGUAGUGGUGGGUCCCGUCUCCCCAGAGGUCGGAACAUUGUGCUGCUUCUUCGGUGCUGGGUUUGAAAGCAAGCCGGCGCCACCCUGGUGCUGGGCUCGGAACAAGCGCCCUGGGACCCGCUGACAUCUCCUCUGAAGGCGCGUGUGCGCGUGUCACCUGCCGCAGAUGUUGGGGAGACAAGAGGAGGCGGGGCGCGCGGCGGGGUUCACCCUCACAGUGACGACGACAGAAGAGAGUCUUGACCCCGGCUGCGGUCACAUGACCCGCUGGAGGUCAGCUCAGCUAAAGAGACUUUUUCAGCUUUUGAUUGGUUCUCGCCGCGUUUCUCCUCGGUGAGUCACGUGACGGCGGCGCUCCGAUCCUCCAGUCUUUCUUUUUAUUAUAGUUGAUGUGCACAUAAACAGGGCGUGACGCCGGGGCCCCAGCGGAGAGGCCCCGCCCUUCCUCCUCCUGCAGGAAAGACUCCAUCCGGAGCAGCGCUGGACUCCCAUUCAGUCUGUGGAGCAGCGAACAUAAAAGGGGCGAGGUGCGCCACCUGGCGGUCAGCAGUCCCACCACGAACGAAACAACUCAAAGGUUUGACGCCGCGUCCCAGUCAGCCAGGGACGGCCCGUCUUGUGGUCUGCAGCGACACCCCCGUCCUGCAGGGGGCGUGUUAGAAGCCGUCAUCGUAGUCGUCGUAGCCGUAUUCUGGAGACACAGAGGUGUUGACCACAAGCAGAGCGAGGGGUGGAGGAGGCGAGGACUGACCGGCGCCACCCAGCAGCUCCAUGGCACUGACACAGGCCUCCUCUUCCUCCUGCUCUUCCUCCUCAUCCUCGCCAUCCUCGUAGACCACCGGCCCACUCUCCACCAGGGCGGCCGCCGGCGCCGGAGCGCAGUCCUGCUCAGACAGAAGAGAAGCGGCUGGAGUCGGCUGUGCACCCGUGUUGCUGGUGAGGGGAGUCACCUGCUCCAGCGCCACCUUCUUACUGGCCUGGCGGCUGAUGAACGGCUGCAAACUGCAAAACAAGGCAGCGGAACAUGUCAACACCGCUGCACUGCAGCGCCUCCAGACCACGACAUCACAGAUGAGAGAGCUCAAGUGGAGGUCAGAGGUCAAACAGCCCAGCGUCUGGCAGGCUCUGUCUCUGUGA